AUCCUUGAUUAAAGUCACUUUAGAUGUUAAAAGUUGUGUAAGUACCUUCAUCUUUUGAAUUUAUGUUUUCUUUUUUCUUGUAAAGAUUUGUGAAUGCAUGUAAGAAUUAUUUAUAUCAACAGAAAAAUUUAAUUAAUAUAAAUUUAUUGUUUACUAGCACAUAUAUAUUUAUUGUAUAGAUAUUUAAUUGAUUAAGAAUCUGCACAUUGUACCUCUGGCCAACAUGGCGGCUUCAUUGGGUCGAGUUUGUAAAUUCGGUCUUUUGAAAUCGAAUUAUGGAACAUUAUUCAAUCAGUUAUUAGCAUGUUUAGGAGUAACAGCUGGAGGUAUUAGUGCAUUAAUUUAUGCUUUGGAUCAAUCUGUGAAAGCUUUUGAUCAAUUAGCACAUCCACCAAACUACAAAUGGGAUUUCUAUGGAAUGUUUAGUUCAUUAGAUCAUAGAAGUGUUCGACGAGGUUGGGAAGUAUACAAAAAUGUAUGUUCAGCUUGUCAUAGUUUGGACUUUUUAGCUUUUCGUCAUCUUGUGGGUGUUACACAUACUGAAGAAGAAGUAAAAGCUAUUGCAGAAGAAUAUCAGGUUCAAGAUGGUCCUGAUGAUACAGGAGCUUAUUACAUGCGUCCUGGUAAAUUAUCCGAUACUAUACCAGCUCCAUAUCCAAAUGAAGAAGCUGCUAGAGCAGCAAAUAAUGGUGCCUAUCCACCAGAUUUAACAUAUAUUGUUAAUGCAAAUCAUAAUGGAGAGAAUUAUGUAUUUUCAUUAUUAACUGGAUACUGUGAUCCACCAGCUGGCAUUAUUUUAAGAGAAGGUCAAUAUUUCAAUCCUUACUUUGUUAAUGGAGCGCUUGGUAUGCCACAAAUUAUCUAUAAUGAAGUCCUAGAAUAUACAGAUGGCACACCUGCAACUGCUUCUCAAGUAGCAAAAGAUGUUGUUGAAUUUCUUAUGUGGGCAGCAAAUGCUGAAUUUGAUGACAGAAAGAGAAUGACUAUCAAGGUAAUAGGUUUCGGUCUGAUAACGAUACCGCUAGUCGUAUAUUGGAAGAGACUAAAAUGGACAACUAUAAAAAAUACUAAAUUACUUUUCACUCCGAGAUAUAAACGACAGUAAUAUCUUAUACAUAUAAAGCUACUUAGCUCAAUAAAAAUGAUCCGACGAUGUUAGGUUCCAAUAUUGGAAUGUAGUUUUAUACUUUAUUUGAAUGUUGCAAGAACAUAAUUGCACAUAUUUGAUAGACGUUUAUUUAAUACGUCGAUCAUCUUGUACAUAUAACUACAAUUAAUGUCAUCGUCAGAUUUAAAUAAAUUGUUAAACUUAUUCAAUUACAUAUUCAUUGCCUAAACAAAAAAAAAAAAAAAAGACCCUAGAUAUGAACAUCACAAGGAACUGAAAAGAAUGAUUUGAAAAUAAUUUCUAAAGAAAUUUGUUUAUUUUUUUUUAAGCUUUACUUUAUCGACAUGGAGUAAUUAUUUAAUAUUUUUAUUAGUAUGAAAUGGAUUACACUAUCACAUUAUUUAUAGUGUAAUACUGAAAUGCAAAGCUGAUGAAGAGGUAUGUAUAAUGUUUCAGGUAGUUGAGAAUUUCAUAAUAUUACACGAUAAAUGUAAACUUGUGUUAAAAUCUCGUACUUUGGUUUGGAUUUACUUUAAGAGUAAGGAUCGACAUCUUUACAAUUUGGAUAAUAAAAUUUCAAAAAAUUAUAUUAUGUUUGAAAUAAUUUAUGAUUAUAUUUCUCUCUCUCUCUCUCUCUCUCGCUCGCUCGCUCGCUCGUUCGCUCGCUCUCUUUUUCUAAAAUGUAACAUAAUUAUGGAAAACUCUUUUUCCGUUCUGUAUACAACUUUAUGGGAACGGUAUAGUUCGUAGCAAUUCAUGAUAGAAUUACACUAGCAUUCAAACUUGAUUUCCUAAUGAUUGAAAAUCUACUUAUGGUACUUUGGAUAUUUAUUAAAAAUUAAGUAUGAUUUUAUUAAUACAUCAAUUAUGAAGCUUUGAUCGAAGAGUAAACAAUAUAUGGGUACUAUAUCUGCACUAUAAUGACCAAAAAGAACUUAAAAUAUAUCUCUAAUAUAUAAGUAGUGGAAUGGAGAGUUAAGCAUUUUUAAUCUAAUGCUUCAUACAUUGAUGUAUCCACAA